AUGCCAAGUGACAAGACCAUAGGAGGUGGAGACGAUUCCUUCAACACCUUUUUCAGUGAAACCGGAGCGGGAAAACACGUCCCUCGCGCCGUUUUUGUAGACUUGGAACCGACAGUUGUAGGUAAGCCCAAAACAAAUUUAACAUUAUGAUAAUUUUGGGCGAAAUUGUGGCCGAGAAGUAGGAGUAAAAGGUCUCGAAAAGUAAGCAAUGGGGAAGCUUACUAAACUUUUAGUAGAAGGUGUAUUGUCCUCGCCUUCGUAAAUAAUACUUACAUUAUUUGAUUAAAAACAAAAACUACCCAAAUGCUGGAAUGCUGAAAUGCACGAUAAAAAAUAAGCACAUAUAGCGGAAAAUUCGGUAUCUUCUUGUGCAUCCAGCCCCAUUCACGCCAACUAAACAUGUUUCAUUAAACCAGGGUUUAAAAAUGAAAAACAGGCAUAGAAACCUGGAACUGACAGGGUUUCAACACAGGAUUCAAAUGAAAUUCAACAUGUACGUUUUGUAAUUUGCACUAAAUUUGCAAUCAAUUUAAGUUAGUUAGCAGCUUUGAUGAAGGAAAAAAAUUCAAACUAUGCUUAGCUAUUAAGCAGCUUUUGAACUUUUUUUAUGCUUGGGUGUGAAUGGGGCUUAAGAUUCAUAAGCUUACAUUUUGUCCCUCUUAGAUGAGGUCCGCACUGGAACUUAUCGCCAGCUCUUCCAUCCUGAACAGUUGAUAACUGGCAAAGAAGAUGCUGCGAACAACUAUGCCCGCGGUCAUUACACUAUUGGCAAGGAAAUCAUUGACCUUGUCCUUGACAGGAUUCGUAAACUGGUAAGCCUGUGCUUAAGCAAAAUUUAUUAGGUUGUUUCAACAUACGUUAAUUAUUGUGGUGAAGGCUGUUCUUUUAAAAGCAUUAUCCGUUCUGUGAGGUUUAAAUACUGGAGUCGCUUAUGGCUGAAACAGUAUGCAUUCUUGAAAGGGAAAAAAAUAGAGAUUGAGAAAUAAAAAAUAUCUAUAGCAAGAAAUAAUAAAAAAAUAUAUUAUUCUACCCUUGAAAAAGAUUACAUGAUCUAGCCUGAUGUAGAUUAAGAAAUAUUUAAUUUCAUAUUACUUUUGAUUACCAAUAAAUAAUGCCACAAGAGGAAACAUCCUCUUACAGAUCUCUUCAUGUUGCAGCCGGGGUAAAAUUUCUUUCGCGCUGUGACUCUUGAUCGGUAAGGGAUGUACAAAACUGUCAGUCCAAGGGAGGGAGGGGACGGAGCAUUGUCAUCUAAUAGGGGAUAGGGUACUUAUAAAAGGUCUCUCGAGAGAACUGCAUCAAUUCACUGCAAAGAGGCACCAGCAGGUAGAGGGCAAAAGGUUAGAACUGAACUAUGUGCACUAGGGCGGUGAAAAAAAUUCAGCAAACGUCCAUGAAAAAACGUUAAAAGAUAUGAGUUUGUGCAAUUAGUUUGCAAUUUUAGUUAACAAUUUUAUUCAUCGUUUUUUAUAGGCUGAUCAGUGUACUGGUCUACAAGGUUUCCUCAUCUUCCAUUCCUUUGGGGGUGGGACUGGAUCCGGUUUUACAUCAUUGCUGAUGGAACGCCUGUCAGUUGAUUAUGGCAAGAAAUCUAAGCUAGAGUUUGCUAUCUAUCCCGCCCCCCAAAUUGCAACUGCUGUCGUUGAGCCCUACAAUUCUAUCUUAACAACUCACACCACACUUGAGCACUCAGACUGUGCAUUCAUGGUGGAUAAUGAAGCCAUCUAUGACAUCUGUCGCAGAAACUUGGACAUUGAGAGGCCAACCUAUACUAACCUGAACCGUCUGAUUGGGCAGAUUGUGUCUUCCAUCACAGCAUCCCUUCGUUUUGAUGGUGCCCUGAAUGUUGAUUUAACUGAGUUCCAGGUAUAUUCUGGUUCAAUCUGCGUGCACAUACUAGUUCAAGAUAUGUAGAGCUUUCACAUUCACGGUAGAAUUGUCUUAAAGCCAAGAAAAAUUUUACUAGCGAUGAAUUUCUUACGGGUUGCCUGGUCCCCUUAAAAGCUUUGACAAAAACGUGGUGAUGUGAAGCGAGUUUGCUCUCACAAGGGUAUUCUAAGAAGUAAUUUUCACUGCCAUUAGCUAAAGCGACAUUGAGGACAUUGUAUGUGGCACAGAGUUCAUCUUUUGAGACUAGACUUCUCCCCUUCCCUAUCUCUAUCUGUAACUUUGUUAAGAGGGGUGGAUCAAUAUGUGACAUUAUAUUCUGUCUUUCUAGACCAACUUGGUGCCUUAUCCACGCAUUCACUUCCCAUUGGCUACAUACGCACCUGUCAUCUCUGCUGAGAAGGCUUACCAUGAGCAGCUCAGUGUGGCUGAGAUCACUAAUGCCUGUUUUGAGCCUGCCAAUCAGAUGGUGAAGUGUGACCCUCGUCAUGGCAAGUAUAUGGCUUGCUGUCUACUGUAUCGAGGUGAUGUUGUACCCAAGGAUGUCAACGCUGCCAUUGCUACCAUCAAGACUAAGAGGACCAUUCAGUUUGUAGACUGGUGCCCAACUGGAUUUAAGGUCAGUUUGGCUUAAAAGCUUUUUCUGCUCCCACCUAUUUUAAUUAAUUUUUCAGACAGAAUUCUCUCCUUUCAUGUGCAACAGAAAGAAAAUAACUUUUUCUGCGUGAACUUACGUAAGGUCACAAGUAACAUUCAUCCUUCUUCUUUUUUUAAUGUUUUGAAACUUAUAGGGCAGAAGCGCGUUAGUAUUAAUUAAUUAAUUUAUUUAUUUUUGUCUGUUACUAUGUGAUUUGUAAGAAAGGUCGAUUUCUUUGAAAAUAGGAACUUCUUUCUCAUUCUUAGAGUAUGAAUGUGGUGCACGGUCGAUGCGGUCUAUAAAUAAAGAAAAUAAUUAAUAAUUUAGUGUCAUUAUCCCCGAAACGUUCAUUUCCGCUUCUGUGAUGUUAUGCUACAAGUAUUUUUCAGUGGAGAUCGGAGAUCUUGACUUUUUACUGAUUCUCGUCUGAUUUCCUAUGGCUUUAUAGCAGUAAAUAUGGUGGUUUUUAUUUUCAGGUUGGCAUCAACUACCAGCCACCGACAGUUGUUCCAGGCGGCGACCUCGCCAAAGUUCAACGUGCAGUAUGCAUGUUGAGUAACACAACAGCUAUUGCCGAGGCCUGGGCCCGCCUUGAUCACAAGUUUGAUCUGAUGUACGCCAAGCGCGCUUUUGUCCAUUGGUAUGUGGGUGAGGGCAUGGAGGAAGGAGAGUUUUCCGAAGCUCGUGAAGAUCUGGCCGCCCUUGAGAAAGACUAUGAAGAAGUGGGUGUGGAUUCAGUGGACGCCGAAGGCGAAGAGGAAGGAGAGGAGUACUGAAAAACUUAAAC